GGUGACGACCACACGUUGGUGUCUUUCCGGCAAAGAAGGAAGGAGAUAAAACGUUUUUGCCGUUUUCUUCCGUAUUUUCUGAGACAACACAGUCACGUUUCUCAGUGCCUGCCUUGUUCAAGCCCUGGAGGAAGAUUGACAAACACCAAACAUGCCCAAACAAGAAGAACCAACUGAAGACACCGCCAUGGUAGAGAAAGCCAGGAUCAGUGUUCCUGUGUACCUGAUCGUGUGUCUGUUCGGUGUCGGGUCCUGGAUCGCGAUCAACGGCCUGUGGGUGGAGCUGCCAAUCAUAGUCCAGCACGCCCCCGAGGGGUGGAGCUUGCCGUCUUACCUGGCGGUCAUCAUCCAGUUGGCCAACGUCGGACCAAUCGCGGUCACCCUGGCCAGCGUGUUCGCUCCCAGGAGAGUCAGCCCGAAGGCCGUCAUCUACGCCAUCGUCACCUUGGGAACGAUAUCAUGCAUGCUGCUACCGUUCUUCUGGAAGCACACAAGCUUCGUGGGCGGGGCGGACCACAGCACCGCGCUGCUGACCCUCACGUUCCUGCUGGCGUUCGUGGACUGCACGUCGUCCGUCACCUUCCUGCCCUUCAUGGCGCUCUUCUCCGGUCCGUACCUCACCUCGUUCUUCAUCGGGGAGGGAAUGAGCGGCCUCCUCCCCAGCCUGGUCGCGCUGGGCCAGGGGGUGGGGGGCAACCCGGAGUGUCGCAACGUCUCCUACGUCAACUCCACCGUCGUGAACGGAACCGUGAGGAACGUCACCGAGUAUCACAACGUCUACGUCACCAAGGACCCCAACUUCCCCGUGGAGGAUUUCUUCUGGUUCCUCUUCACCAUGAUGCUGGUGUGCGGGAUCGCGUUCGUCAUGCUCAACUACCUUCCCGCGGCGAGGAGGGAGCACGUCCGGACGACCGAGGCCGCGGCGUACAAGGCCGUCCCCGACGGCGAGAACAGUUACAGCCCCUGUAGCGACUGUGUCGAGAUGUCCGCCAAAACGGACAGCUCUUCCAACACUCCUACCUCGAGUGAGAGGGACGUAGACGUUCUGAUAAGGAAGAAGAAAGGGCUGUCACGAGGAGGCUACAUCUACCUGCUGUGUGUCCAGGCUUGGGUGAACGCCCUCAGUAACGGCGUCCUCCCCUCCAUCCAGUCCUACUCCUGCCUCCCGUACGGAAACACCGCCUACCACCUGGCCGUGACCCUGGCCAACAUGGCCAACCCGCUGGCCUGUUUCAUCUCCUUCUUCCUCCCCACCACGUCCUUCCUGCUGGUGGGGGUGCUGUCGCUGGCCGGAACAGCCGUGGGGGCGUACAUCCUGGCACUCGCGGCCAUGAGCCCCUACCCUGUACUGCUGGGGACGGACGGAGGCGUGUUCUUGGUGGUCUUUGCGUGGAUCUCCGUCGUGGGGCUGUUCUCCUACGUGAAGGUGACGAUCGGGUCCAUUUUCCGCGAGGAGGGACAGAGGGCGCUGCUGUACUGUGGGGCAGUCAUGCAGGCCGGCUCGUGUGUCGGCGCCAUCGUCACCUUCCUGUUCGUCAACGUGUUUCCCAUGUUCCAACAGAACGACCCCUGUGACCUUUGACACACCCAUGUUCCAACAGAACGACCCCUAGCGACCUUUGACACACUUCUUGUACUGCAUUUAGUAGUUGCUAGGGCUAAGUGGCCUAAACCAAAAUUUUUCACAAUCUUUUUUAAUUAGUCCUCUUCAUUUUUUUUAAAUAAAAGGCAUAUCAUUUUUCCCAUUCAAAAUUUCUCACAUGUUGUACUGAUUCCUUCAUCAAGCAUUUUCCACACUGCUGCC